AUGCUGGAGGAAGGAGAACCACCUUCUCCAGACCCUGCCCUUCCCCAAGAGGAGGACACAGAGGAGGAAGGAAUGGCAGCCGGUCUCACAGCAGGGCCCCAAGGAUCCACACCUUUCAGCAGUGUGACUGUAGAUUUUACCCAAGGGGGAUGGAGGCAGUUGGCCCCUGCUCUGAGGGACAGGUUCGAGGAAGGGAUGCCAGAAAAGUCCAGAAACCUGGUCUUACUGGGACUUCCAGUUUCCCAACCUGGUAUGAACUCCCAGUUGGAACAAAGGGAAGGUUCAUGGAUGCUCGAGAGAGAUGGCCUAAGGAACGCCUGUCCAGAUUGGAAGAUUGUAUCCGAAUCACCACCUGAGCAAGACAUUUCUGAAGAAUCAUUCCAAGAUCCAAGUGCAGAGAUGCCUUCUGGGGUGUCAGAGCACAGGAACAGUGAACUGGGGAAAAGCCUCAAUCUGAGACCAGUCCUUUCUCCACAACAGAGAGUUGCUACAGAAGUGAGAUCCCAUAAAUGUGACACACACACAGAGAGCUUUGGGAAUAAGCAGCAUCAGAAGAGCCAUACUGGGGAGAAGCCAUACGAGUGCAAUGAAUGCGGGAAGGCCUUCAGCCAGAGUUCAUCUCUUAUUCAGCACCAGAGGAUUCACACCGGAGAGAAACCUUAUAAAUGCAGUGAAUGUGGGAGAGCCUUCAGCCAAAACGCAAACCUCACAAAACACCAGCGAACUCAUACUGGAGAAAAGCCCUACAAAUGUACCGAGUGUGAGAAAGCCUUCAGUGACUGUUCAGCCCUUGUUCAGCACCAGAGAAUCCACACUGGAGAGAAGCCUUAUGAGUGUAGCGACUGUGGGAAGGCAUUCCGCCACAGUGCAAAUCUUACCAACCACCAGCGGACUCACACAGGGGAGAAGCCCUACAAGUGCAGAGAAUGUGGGAAGGCCUUCAGCUACUGUGCGGCAUUUAUUCAGCACCAGAGAAUCCAUACAGGGGAGAAGCCCUACAAAUGUAACGCAUGUGGGAAGGCCUUCAGCCAGAGUGCAAAACUCACAAACCACCAGAGGACUCACACUGGAGAGAAACCCUACACGUGUAGUGAGUGCGGGAAAGCAUUCAGCCAAAGUACAAACCUUAUAAUCCACCAGAAGACUCACACUGGAGAGAAACCUUAUAAAUGUAAUGACUGCGGGAAAUUCUUCAGUGAGAGCUCCGCCCUUAUUCGGCAUCAUAUAAUUCACACAGGAGAAAAGCCCUACGAGUGCAAUGAGUGUGGGAAGGCAUUUAACCAGAGCUCAUCCCUUAGUCAGCAUCAGCGAAUUCACACUGGUGUGAAACCCUAUGAAUGUAGAGAGUGUGGGAAGGCCUUCAGGUGUAGUUCAGCUUUUAUUAGACAUCAGAGACUCCAUGCUGGAGAGUAACUGGGAACAUAACUG